UAAUACUCGGCGAGCAUCGCGCAAGAUGCUGUGCAUAGCCUGCUCAACUCCCCGACACUGCAUAGACUCAACGUCGCACGAUGGUCAAGACAAUCUUUUACCUCGGCGCUACCGGAUUCUUGUCCGGCGAUAUCCUGCCUCAGUUGGCGCGGGAUUUCCCCAACGAUACUGUGAGGGCCCUAGUUCGCAACCCCACGCCAGAACGUGUCGCGAAGUUGCAAGGACUGCAUCCCGGGCUGGUUGUGGUCGAGGGAGACUUGAACGACGCGAAAGUCAUUGUGGAGGAGGCCUCGAAGGCUGACAUCGUCGUCAACUCGGCUAGUUCGGACCAUUGGCCUAGCGUAUGUGCCACUCUUGAGGGCCUAGAGAAGAACUCUGCCGGAAGACCGGGCAAUCCUCCAUUGUACCUUCAUGUCUCCGGCUGUGGCAUCAUCAGCAACAAUACUCGCGGCGAAAAGACCGAAAAUCCGGAAUUCUGGACAGACAUAGGGUUGGACUUAGACGACUGUGACCCGACAAACACCCAUUUGGAGUCUGACAAGCCAGCAAUCGCGGCAGGGAAGCGGAAGAACAACUCUAUCCGCUCGAUCAUCGUCUAUCCAGGCCAGAUCUACGGCGUCGGUAAUGGCGUGCAGAAAGUUACCCUCUGGCUGCGUAUUUUCAUGGACUAUGCGAAGCGUGUCGGUUACGGAGGCACCUGGGGCAGGGGUUUUAACGCGCAGAACACUAUCCACGUCAAGGAUCUUGCGGAUGCCAUACUCAUGAUCCUGAGGGCCGCCAGCGAGGGCAAAGCGGGGGAGGGUGCGGACGGGCUCUAUUUCGCCGUCACACCCACCCUGCUUUCUUACGGCGAGUGGGUAAAAGCUAUGGGCGACCACCUGUACAACAAGGGCAUCACGAAGGAGCCCGGGGCGAAGCCGAUGCCAGAGGAGAUUGUCGAACCCCUGGGACACUAUGGCUGGUCCCUGCUGGGUGGAAGUAUGUUCGCGAAGGCCGAUCGCUUGACCCGCAUGGGAUGGAAGUCUGUCGAGAGCGAUAGGAUCUCAUUGAUGGAGAGUCUCCCUGCGAUGAUCGACGCAGCGCUGGAAGAUGACAAGCCGUAUGUGCACAUUUCGUAGGCCGUUCGAGUCGCAAACCGGGCGGUAUUACUCCGUAAGGGCAGCUCCUCUAGCGAGCGUCGUAUAGCGAGUGUCGUAUAUUAGAACGUAUAGUGCUGCAUCAAUGUGUCCCGCAGUAAAAUUAGGGCUUGAUAUCGAGCAGUAGCUAGGCACCCCGCCGGGAUAUCACAGUGCAAGGCAGGGCACACGAGGCGCU